AUGGCGCCCGCCGACGCUUUAGCCUACAUGAGCAAGCUCUCGUCGCCUCCGGAACCAGGCGCGCCCUUUGCCGUCACCAUUCCCGGCAGCGAGACGCCGAACCGGACGGCUGUCUACCGCAAUUUUCGAUUCCGCGACUCACCCCUGCUCGAGACGCUCGACCCGACCGUGCGCACGCUGCACGAUGCCUUUGAGAGUUCGGCCACGUACCGGUCGUCGAAACAGAUGCUCGGCUGGCGACCCUGGAACGUAGCCAAGAAGACAUGGGAGCCCAAGUAUCUGUGGAUGACGUACGCCGAGGUUGCGGAGCGGCGCAAGAACUUUGGCGCCGGCAUCGUCGAGCUGCACAAGCAGAUUGGCGUGACCGACGACAAGUACGGCGUGGGCCUCUGGUCGCAGAACCGACCGGAAUGGCAGAUUGCUGAACUCGGCCUGAUGUCCCAGUCCCUCUGGAACGUGUCGCUUUACGAAACGCUCGGCCCCGACGCAACGGAGUACAUCAUCAACCACGGACAGCUGGUGUGCGUGAUCGCGACGCUGCCACACAUUGCGACGCUGCUGAAGCUGGGCCCACGUAUCUCGUCAGUCAAGCUGAUUGUGUGUAUCGACGCGCUGGACUCGGGCGAGCCGAGCGGGUACUCCAAGGGGGCGCUGCUGCGCGAGCUGGCUAGCGAGCAGGGGGUGCAGAUUUACUCGAUGGCGGAGGUGGAGGAGAUUGGGGCGCGGUCGGGACGGACGAUACGGGCGCCGGCCAAAGAAGACAUCACGACGAUCAACUACACGUCGGGCACGACGGGUGACCCCAAGGGCGUGGUGCUGACGCACGGCAACAUGGUGGCGUCGACCAGCUCGGCACGGGCGUCGGGGUUCAUGUCGCCCAACGACACGCACAUCUCGUAUCUGCCACUGGCACACAUCUACGGGCGGAUGGCAGACUGGAGCGCGAUCUCGUUGGGAGCGCGAAUUGGCUACUUCCACGGCGACAUGACGCAGCUGGUGGAGGACCUGAAGAUCCUGCGGCCGACGGGGCUGUUUUCGGUGCCGCGGCUGUACAACCGAUUCCACUCGGCGAUCCAGGCAGCGACGGUGGAGGCGAGCGGCGUGGGGGGUGCGCUCUCGCGGGCCGCCGUGGCGGCCAAGAUGGCGAGCAUGCAGCAGAAGCCGGGGCAGGCGACGAACUGGCACCCGGUGUACGACCGAAUCUGGUCGCCCAAGGUGCGGCGGGCGGUGGGCCUGGACCGGGCGGUGGGCAUGGUGACGGGCAGCGCGCAGCUGGACCCGGACGUGCAGCAGUUUCUGCGGGCAGCCUUUGGGAUCGCCUUUGUGCAGGGCUACGGCAUGACGGAGACGAGCGCGGUCGGGAGCGUGCAGGUAGGCGGCGACUUCAGCGUGGGCAACAUUGGGGGACCGCAGCCGGGCGUGGAGUUUUGCAUCGAGUCGGUGCCGGACCUGGAGUACACGGUGGAGGACCGGCCGAACCCGCGGGGCGAGCUGCUGAUGCGAGGGCCGAUUGUGUUCCGCGAGUACUUCCGGAACGAGGCCGAGACGGCGCGGGUAGUCGAUGCCGGCACCGGCUGGUUCCACAGCGGCGAUAUUGUCGAAGUCGAUAGCCUGGGCCGUUUCAAGAUCAUCGACCGCCGGAAGAAUGUGCUGAAGCUGGCCCAGGGCGAGUACGUGUCGCCCGAGCGGAUCGAGAACGUGUACAUUGGCGCGCUGCCCGUCGUCGCCACCGCCUUUGUGCACGGCGACGGCAUCGAGGCGUCGCUGGUGGCCGUGCUGGGCAUCGAGCCCGACGCCUUCGCCCCGUUUGCCAGCAAGCUGCUGCACGAGCACAUUGUCGCGUCCGACGUCGAGGCGCUGCGCCGGGCCGUCCGUGAUCCGCGCGUCCGGGCCGCCGUCCAGAAGCAGGUCGAUGCCGCCGGCCGGAAGCACAAGUUCAACAGCUUUGAGCGCGUGCGCAGCAUCUACCUGGCCGUGGAUCCGUUUACGAUUGAGAACGAGUUGCUGACACCGACUCUUAAACUCAAACGCCCACAAGCGGCCAGAGCCUUCCGAAAGGAGAUCGACGAAAUGUACGCGGAGAUAAAGGCCCUAGAGACAAACCGGGCCAAGAUAUAG